AUGCAAAUCCUCGAUCUUGUCUUGUGUCUUACCGAGGCCGAGUUCCAUAACCACUCGAAGAACGCCCGUCGCUAUCGCCAGAUACAGAAGCUCCCAUACCCGAUCGUGCCGCCCCGCUCAUCGCAUAUGAUGUUGCCGCAACAAGUGCAAGGCAAGCCGCAAAUCCAAGAGUACCCGGGCGCCGACGAAUACGAAAAGUAUGAGGGCGGGGUCACCCCUCUCGGGGACGACAUCUGGGAGGGAUGCAAGGAGAACUAUCGCCGGUUCUGGGCUCAUCAUGGGGUCGAGGAGAAGGUCAGGCAGUACAGCGAUGCUGACUGGGCCUGA